GUUGACUUUCAGUUUCUCACAGUUUCCGCCGCACGGUCACAUUCGGGAACGCGCAGACCAACCCUCCCCUGUGUAAUGUAUCCAUGAAGUUGUUACAAAGAUGGCGGAUUUCCUGCCGCCCCGGUCUUCGUUAGUUUGUUUCACUAAUUGUCUUUUAGGUAGCACCGAGGCCGAACAACUUAGAAAAUCCAAGGAGAUUGAUAAAGGUAUAUCACGCGAUAAGACCUAUGUGAAGCGACUGGUGAAGAUACUAUUACUCGGCGCGGGUGAAAGUGGCAAGUCAACUUUCCUCAAGCAAAUGCGCAUAAUUCAUGGGGAGGACUUCGAUCAGCGGGCCAGAGAGGAGUUCCGGGCUACGAUUUACAGUAAUGUUAUCAAAGGGGUGCGUGUGUUGGUGGAUGCCCGAGAAAAGCUACACAUCCCCUGGGGAGACCCUGAUAAUCAGGUGCAUGGAGAGACCAUGAUGGGCUUUGACACACGCUCCAGCAUGAUGACUCUAGGAAUGGUGGAGACCAAGGUGUUCAACCACUAUCUGCCUUCCAUACGUGCACUGUGGAAUGACAGUGGAAUCCAGAACGCUUACGAUCGGCGGCGGGAAUUCCAGUUGGGUGAAUCUGUGAAAUAUUUUUUGGACGAUUUGGAUAAACUUGGAGAGCCCGAAUAUCUGCCCACUAAGCAGGACAUCCUUCUGGCACGCAAGCCCACCAAAGGCAUCCAUGAGUACGACUUUGAGAUCAAGAAAGUGCCUUUCAAAAUGGUGGACGUGGGUGGCCAGCGCUCAGAGCGGCGGCGGUGGUUCGAGUGCUUUGACAGCGUCACCUCCAUCCUCUUCCUCGUCUCGUCCAGCGAGUAUGACCAGGUGCUGAUGGAGGACCGGCAGACCAACAGGCUCAUGGAGUCGCUCAACAUCUUCGAGACCAUUGCCAACAAUCGUGUGUUCGCCAAAGUCUCCAUCAUCCUCUUCCUUAAUAAGACAGACUUGCUUGAGGAGAAGGUUAAGACGGUGUCUAUCCAGGACUAUUUCCCUGAUUACGAAGGCGAGCCUCACGACCUGCCCGAUGUGCAGAAGUUCCUAGUGGAGUGCUUCAGGAACAAGCGCCGGGACCAGCAGCAGAAGCCACUCUACCACCACUUUACCACCGCCAUCAACACGGAGAACAUUCGGCUGGUCUUUCGUGACGUUAAGGACACCAUCUUGCACGACAACCUAAAGCAGCUCAUGUUGCAAUAAGUGUUGUACAAGGACUUUUUAAUUGGAUUUUUAUGUUGUUAGAUCAAUGUCCUUCAAAGAGAUUCAGUGGGCUGAAUAAUCUGAUUGGUAUAACGUAGUACAUGUUUCAAUAUGGUCAAAUGUAAACAAGAGGCUUCCAAGCACAGUUCUGUGCUGGUAGAUAUACUGUGUGAUUCAGUCUGGUGGUCUUCUUGUGUUUUAAUAGUUUGAAAAACUUCCAAUAGAGGCCAACCUUAAUUAGUUAUGCCUUUUAAGCCUUACCUCCAAUAAUAAUAAUUAACCUCCAAGCCUUAAAUCAUACACUCCAUCACAAUCAUUUAUUUCAAAAUAUGAUUUUAAUAACAGACAAGCUCUCCAAUAUACAGCUUCCCAUUAGAGUCAACAUAAUCAACCGCAUGAUGAUCCAGGGAGAGCAAUACAGUUUAAGAAGCCAAAGGAAGCUUUUACCAUCGAGCCUUUACUUGUGAUUAAAUUAUGCAAAAUUGCAUUUUAUUUGUCAGUGAUGUCUUAAAUCUGUGGUAGUCCCAAACAGAAGCUGCCCCGUUAAAUUUAAACACUGAAAAUACAUUUUGACUUUGCAUAACCACGCCUGACAUUUGCACGCCACAAUAAAACAAACAAAUCUCCACUUAAAAUAUUUUUGUGUGUGUUUUACACUGGUUUUAAGGUAAAUGAAUAAGAAGGCCCUCAUGUGCUGACUCAGGGCUUAGCGCCGGACCACUCAGAUGUAUUAAUGAAGUGCUAACCUGAUCACUUAAUGUGCCUACUCUGUUUCCGCUGUUCUAAUGACUGAUGAGACAGCCUGUGUGUGGCUUGAACAAGCUAGGCUUUUUUAUGGGUAACAUGACAUUGGGUAUAUUUCUGUCGCUUUCUGCUUCCUUUCCUGCUUAUUUCUGUGUACUUUAAUGGUGACCAAAUGUGUCCGUCUCAAGUGCCACAUAGGUACCAGUACAAUUAGCCACUACUUGUCUUGCUUAAUCACAUAGCUGAAAAAAGGGAACGAAAUUGCUAAAGCUAAUGAAUGUCUUUUGUUAAUAGAUAUAUGCUAUGUACAGAUUUAUUUCAUCCUCAGACCUGUUAAAUUGUGCCUUUCCCAGAUUGUGAUAUUUAACCCACAAGCAUUUAAAACCUGGUUUUGUCAUGGUUCCUGUCUUUCCUAUGUCUAAGACAACUAUGUGUGGAUGCUGCUGUCUCAGAACAUUCCUUUAUCGGAAAGCUAAAACAGACCUUGCCGUUGUAUGUGAAGUGUGUGUGUGUAUGUGUGUUUAUUGCAGGAUACAGUCACCUCAGGAUUUCCUUGCCUCACUGUCUGUCAAAACAUUUCUCUCUGGGUCCUUUUGAUUAUCACCCACAGAGUAAUAUUAAAGGCUUUCAUACCAAAAUGGAA